GCCGCGGCCCCGGAGGCCCGGCCUGGAGCCGCAAGCCCCGGCGCCGCCAGCCCGGCUCCCGAUCUCCCCUUUCUUUCUCCUCGCCGCCCCGGUGCGCCGGCCCGGGAGCAGGAACACGAUCACCCAGAAGUCCCUCGGCGUCCCCCAGGCGAGCCCCCCCGACCGACGGAGCCCACCGGGAACACGAGGACGGCGCUGGAUGGCUUUUGAGCCCCCGUCUCCAGGGAGCCUGAGCACACUGGGGGAGUAACUUGGCGGGCCGCCGCGUGCCGACGGUGAGGCGUCCUUGGAUGCAGCUAAGGACAAUGCAGACCAUCAAGAAGGAGCAGGCAUCCCUGGACCCCAGCGGCCCCGGGGACAAGAUGAUGGCGCUUCACCCCGCCACGCUGACCGAAGUGCCUUCGGAGGAGUUGGCCGCCGGCGAGGAGCUGCUGCUGGGCGAAGGCAGCGUGGGCAAGAGCAAGUCGUCGGCGUGCCGGCGGAAGCGCGAGUUCAUUCCCGACGACAAGAAGGAUGCCAUGUACUGGGAGAAGAGGCGCAAGAACAACGAGGCGGCCAAGAGGUCCCGCGAGAAGCGACGGCUCAACGACCUGGUCUUGGAGAACAAGCUCAUCGCGCUGGGCGAGGAGAACGCCACGCUGAAGGCCGAGCUGCUGUCGCUGAAGCUCAAGUUCGGCCUCAUCAGCGCCGCGGCGUACGCGCAGGAGAUCCAGAAGCUGAGCAGUUCCAGCGCCGUAUAUUUUCAGGAGUACGCGGCUGCCAAGGCCGGCGCCAGCGCCUUUACAGAGGAGCAGGACCCCGCGGGGGCAGCGGCGGCGGCCGCAGCGGCGGCAGCAGGUGCAGGCAGCUGUAUCUCGGUCAUCAAACACUCCCCGCAGAGCUCGCUGUCUGACCUGUCGGAGGCGUCCCCCGGGGAGCACACGCAGGGCAGCCCCGCGCCGCAGGACAAGUUCCAGGCCAUCAAGCAAGAGCCCGUGGAACUCGAGAGCUACGCCCGCGAGCCCCGGGACGACCGGGGCCCCUACGCCGUGUCCAUCUUCCAGAACUACAUGGGGAGCUCGUUCCCCGGCUACUCCCCUCCGCUGCUGCAGGCCAACCGCUCCUCUAGUAACUCCCCGCGGACGUCCGAGACUGACGACGGCGUGGUGGGGAAGGCGUCCGACGGCGAGGACGAGCAGCAGGUCCCCAAGGGCCCCAUCCACUCCCCGGUGGAGCUCCCGCGAGUGCACGCGGCCAUGGUCAAGGUCCCCGAGGUGAACUCCGCACUGCCGCACAAGCUGCGCAUCAAAGCCAAAGCCAUGCAGAUCAAAGUGGAAGCCUUGGACAACGACUUCGAGGCCGCGCACAAACUGUCCUCCCCUGUGGACGUGGCGCCCAGAAGACACUUGGACCUGGACAAGCACGCGGCCCCGGGCGUGGUGCAUUCCUCCUCUCUCACUCCUUUCUCGGUGCAGGUGACGAACAUCCAGGAUUGGUCUCUCAAAGCCGAGCACUGGCACCCGAAAGAACUAAGCGGCAAAACCCAGAACGGUUUCAAGACAGAAGUGGUGGAAAUUAAAGACGAUGGCUAUAAGGUCUCGGACCCAGACAAUUUGUACCUGAAACAGGGCAUAGCAAACUUAUCCGCAGAGGUUGUCUCGCUCAAGAGACUUAUAGCAGCACAGCCCAUCUCGGCUUCGGACUCUCGGUAAGCGGUUGCCAAGGAGGAGCGGGGCGCCCGGGGGCGACCUCGCGGGCAGUAGCCCCGUUCGUUUUUGUAUUAUGCCGAGUUUCCACUGGACCUGUGGUGUCAUUUCACUGUAACGUGCACAUGUUGUCUGUCUGGUGUCUUUUCCGUGCACACAUCAUGAUGAAGAUUAGAUUGUGUUCCCGCUCUGCCUUGUGUAUAGAUGGUCCAUACAAAGGCUGUAUAUAUUGAGCAUUAUUUUUGUUGUUCUGUUAUAAAGCGUGGAAGUUACCGGUUUCAAUAAAGGAUUGGUGACAAACACAAAA